AUGAAAGAUGAAAUUCCAGAAGUCAGAAAAAUAAAACUAAAUCGUUUAAGGCUCUAUCAAGUGAUAUUUAACCUCGGUCAAAAUGAGAUGAACUUGAGGAAUAAAAAAGUUAUGGCGUCUGUUUUAACUUACAAGGAAUUAAUUAAGCCGCAAAGUAAAGCCUUCAAAGACGAGGGAACAGAGUCUCUUAUCCGAGUGUUAAAUUUUGAUAAAGCAAUGAAUUUUGUUCAAUUAAAUUAA